ACAGACAGGCAUGUAACACAUUUUGCAUUUACUGCUUUUUUUUAAUCCACUUUAUUGCGACUUGUUAAGCGGUUAAACUGAGCUGUUAUUCGGGAAGAUAUACUUCGAUGCUCAAGGAGGAUGGCUAGUCUAUGGAGAUCCUAUCAGUUCUUGAUGACCAAAUAUCCCUGGUCAGUCCAGAUAGUCACAGCUGGGUCUCUGGUGGGUGUGGGUGAUGUCAUCUCCCAACAGCUGAUUGAGAGGAGAGGAUUAGCUCAUCACAAUGUGGGACGAACAGCCCGGAUGAUGAGUAUAGGAUUCUUCUUUGUGGGUCCGGUAAUCGGCAGCUGGUACAAAGUUUUGGACAGGAUCGUGGUUGGAGGGUCUAAAUCUGACGCCAUGAAGAAAAUGCUUGUUGACCAGUUGUGUUUUGCUCCGUGCUUCCUGGGAACUUUCCUCAGUAUUUCUGGAGCCCUGAAUGGACUAACAGUGGAGGAGAACAUUGCCAAACUCAAGCGGGAUUACACAGAUGCCCUGAUCUCUAACUACUAUUUGUGGCCUCCAGUCCAGAUUGCUAAUUUCUACUUCGUCCCGCUGCAUCACAGACUGGCCGUCGUCCAGAUAGUCGCCGUCGCCUGGAACUCCUACCUGACCUGGAAGGCCAACAAGAUGUGAAGAAACCUCACAAGUCCAGCUUGUCUUGUUGUUGAUGAUGAUGAUUUUUACACUCAUUUGUACUGUAGACUGCGAGUGUGUGUGAGAAAUGAGCACAACUUCCUUUAGUCUCCUGAUAUUUCCAACGUGUAAAACUGUGACUGAAUCACAUGUAAAAGGUCGGGGAAGAUUGCUCGUCUACUCCGAGUGACAAAUUCGCACUUGAAAGUCAAACUUGCAUUUUUGCAGAAAUGUCUGUGAAAGUUUGUUAUUUAUGGAAAUGGGAUUUGGCUGCAGAGCUGCAGUGGAGCCACACGUACAUUAACACCUGCUGGUUGAUGAAGGAAAUGUUCUCCUCAUCGCCUCGAUGAGCUUCACUCAUAAUGUCUUUUUGAUUUACAUGUUUGCUUUAUUGGACUCUCCUCCACCUGACUCAUUGUACUUUGUUCUGGUUUCUUCUGCCAGCAUUUUAAUAACCCUCAGGAACAAAAAGUUGUCUAAAUGUUUAAAAGUCUUAUCCGUCAUGGUUUACUCUUUGUUUUAGUUUAACUUUAGAUUUGGAAGAAUCUCAACUGCAGAUCUCAGUAGCUGCAUUUCCAUUCACCACAUAAUUGCACAAUUUGACAUUUUGAAAAAUACAUUUGCUCCGUGGAAAUGCAGCAGUUUCUGAAAAGAAAAGAAAAAAACGCUUGUUUUUCUCUAAAAAGUUCUUGUGCUAUGAUGAGGAAUAUUGAAAUUAGUUUAUGUCCCAAAGCCACACAGGAAACACUUUUUUGAGUCUCUGUUUCCUAGAUGAGUCUUCAAGGUUUUUAUGGACUUUGAUCAUCAAUUUCCCACCUUUCCAAGUUUGUAGAAACUGACUUUCUACUUUUAUCCAGAUUGAUUAAUGUUGAAGACUUUUCUUCACAUCUGUACUUGAAUUUCUGUAGAUCAGGGCAUAAUUUGUUUCUUUUUGAAAUAUUUUCACCCUUAUUGGUUUAUUGAAUCUACGGGUAAGAGGAUGGCCAGACCUUGUUGUAGAAAAAAAAUGGAUUAAUUACAAUGAAUUGAUGAUUUAACCAGGGCAGCAAUUAUAUUUUCACAUAACCAUGUUGGUUUUGCUCUGUUUAGUUCAAGCGAACCAUCAUUAUAUCUCUUCAUCCUAAAAACUGCCUCUAAGAAUCAGGUUGGCUUUUUCAUACUUUAAGGAAAAUGUUGAAUAUUUACUGUGCACAUUUUAACAAAUAAAAAUCCUACAUAAUGUUUGAAACCAUAAAGUUUUGCUCUUUAAUGCCG